AGUACUAUACCGUGAGCAAGGACGUAUUGUGUCGUAAUUAUCAUGGAUCCGUUUCUAAUUUUAGGAGUAUUAGUUAUAGUUAUUAUAUAUUAUAUAAAUUGUUUUAUUACAAAAAAUUUUAACUACUGGAAGAAUAUAAAAGUCGUUGGACCAAAACCGGUUCCAUUGUUCGGGAACAUAAUAACAUCGACUCUUCGAAGAAAAAACAUAGCUGAGGUAAUGCAAAAGAUUUAUCAUGAUUUUCCUGAAGAGAAGGUCGUUGGUGUAUUCAGAUUGACGACACCGACUCUGUUAAUACGCGACUUGGAAGUUAUAAAGCACGUCAUGAUCAAGGACUUCGAUUGUUUUUCUGAUCGAGGAGUUUCGUUCAGCAAAGAUGGUCUUGGUGCGAAUUUGUUUCACGCAGACACCGAUAUAUGGCGGGUUUUGAGAAACCAAUUCACACCAAUAUUUACUUCCGGUAAAUUAAAAAACAUGAUCCACUUAUUGAACGAUAGAGGCGACAAGUUCGUAAGAGAAGUAAGCCACAUUUGUUUACAAAAAAGCGAACAUGAAAUACAUUCUCUUAUUCAACGCUACACAAUGGCAACGAUCUCAGCUUGUGCCUUCGGUCUAGACUUUGAUGCGAUGGCGGAUAAAAUGGAAAUGUUUAAGAAAAUCGAUAAAAUCAUUUUCUCAUUAUCUUACGCAAGAGAAAUUGAUAUGCUGUUUCCGGGAAUUCUGAAAAAGUUCAACAGUACAAUUUUUUCUGUGGAGCUUAGAUAUUUCUUUGAAGAUUUGGUAAAAACUGUGAUAAACGAAAGAGGUGGUAAGCCUUCGAACAGAAAAGAUUUUAUGGACUUGGUCUUGGAGUUGAGAGAGAAAGGUGAAAUUAAAGGGGCCAGAAGAUCCGACGAAGACAAAGAGACUACAUUAGAACUUAGCGAUAGUAUUAUUGCGGCACAAGCGUUCGUUUUCUACGCGGCGGGAUAUGAAACAAGCGCAACUACUAUGUCUUUCAUGCUGUAUGAACUAGCUAAAAAUCCCAAUAUACAAGACAAAUUAAUCAAAGAGAUAGAUGACGUUCUCAAAAGAAAUAAUGGAGAAAUAACAUAUGAAACUUUAAGCGACAUGAAGUACAUGGAGAAAGUUUUUGAUGAAACAUUACGAAAAUAUCCUUUAGUUGACCCGAUACAGCGCCGAGCACAAGUGGACUAUACGAUACCAAAUACGAAAGUUGUCAUCAAAAAGGGACAAAAAAUAUUUGUAUCGACAAUGGGUAUUCAACAUGAUCCUAAGUAUUACCCAAACCCAGAAGUAUUUGACCCCGAGAGAUUUUCUUCAGAAAAAGUAAAAGAUCGGCAUCCUUGUGCUUAUAUGCCAUUUGGUAUAGGGCCAAGGAAUUGCAUAGGAAUGCGGUUUGCUAAAGUGCAGUCACGUAUAUGCAUAACGAAGCUCUUAUCAAAAUUCCGUGUGGAGCCAUCUGAGAACACUCCAGAAGUCAUGCAAUUUGAUCCUAAAAGGGUUUUAAUAGGACCUAAAAAUGGAAUUUAUUUAAAUUUAACUUCCAGGAAUGUAUGAGCAUGUGUUUUUAAA